AUGGCGCGCCUUUCCGGGUAUCUGACCUUAGUCUCUCUUUUUACUUCUUUCACUGGUUUUGCUUCGCCGUUGGCAGACACUCCUUUGAUCGCGAGAGAUUCGGAUGAUGGGUAUGCGGCUAUUCCGUAUUAUCCCGCGCCCAAGGGUGGAUGGGUUUCGUCCUGGUCUGAUGCGUAUGAGAAAGCGCAACAGGUCGUCAGCAAUAUGACCCUGGCCGAGAAAGUGAACCUGACCACAGGUACGGGGAUCUUUAUGGGGCCUUGCUCAGGGCAAACAGGCAGCGCGCCGCGAUUCGGAAUUCCAAGUCUCUGUUUCCAGGACUCUGCGCUGGGUGUUGCCUCGACCGAUCACAUCACGUUCUUCCCCGCCGGUAUCACCGUAGGAGCCACCUUCGACAAGGACCUCAUGCAUGCGCGCGGUGUCGCGCUAGGCGAGGAGUCGCGGGGAAAAGGUGUCAAUGUGCAAUUAGGCCCCGUUGUUGGACCACUAGGCCGGAAACCGAAAGCUGGUCGGAACUGGGAAGGAUUUGGGGCGGAUCCUACUCUGCAAGCUAUUGGCGGUGCGCAGACGAUCAAGGGAAUGCAGAGUACGGGGUCUAUCGCUUGUAUUAAGCAUUUCAUUGCCAAUGAGCAGGAGCUGCAUCGGAUGACCUCUGUUGUUACCAAGGCGUACUCUUCGAACUUGGACGAUCGUACAAUGCACGAGUUGUAUUUGUGGCCGUUUGCGGAGGGCGUGAGGGCUGGUGUUGGAUCUGUUAUGGUGGCUUAUAAUGAUGUGAACCAAUCCGCUUCCAGCCAAAACAGCAAACUGCUUAAUGGCAUUCUCAAGGACGAGCUUGGCUUCCAGGGCUUUGUGCUUACGGAUUGGUUGGCGCAUCAGUCUGGUGUUCAGAGUGCCUUGAGUGGUCUAGACAUGUCCAUGCCAGGAGACGGAUCCAUUCCUUUGUUCGGCGACUCUUUCUGGGGCCCGAAGCUGUCAGAAGCGGUCCUCAAUGCAAGUCUUCCUGUCGAUCGUCUGAAUGACAUGGUCACCCGGAUCGUCGCAACAUGGUACAAACUUGGACAGGACAAAGACUACCCACUCCCCAACUUCUCCAGCAACACUGAAGAGGAAAAGGGACUCCUCUAUCCAGGCGCCCUCUUCUCGCCUAGCGGCGUCGUGAACAAAUUCGUCAACGUGCAAGCCAACCACAACGCUACUGCCAGAGCGAUUGCCAGAGAUGCCAUCACGCUGUUGAAGAACGAAGACGGGGUGCUUCCUCUGCGACGGAACGACUCGCUGAAGGUAUUUGGAACCGACGCCGGGCUGAACUCGAACGGUCUCAAUUCUUGCGGUAGCAUGGCUUGUAAUAAUGGUGUUCUCGUUUCCGGAUGGGGUAGUGGUACCGCCAAACUUCCGUAUUUGGUUACUCCCCAGGAGGCUAUUGCCAAUAUCUCCUCCAACGUGGAGUUCCAUCUUACGGAUUCUUUUCCUUCGGAUGUGACGGCCAACCCCGAUGACAUCGCGCUUGUAUUCAUCAAUGCCAACUCUGGUGAGAACUUCCUCAUCGUCGAAGGCAACCGAGGAGAUCGCUCAGUGGCUGGUCUUAACGCCUGGCACCACGGAGACGACCUUGUCAAAUCUGCAGCAGACAAAUUCUCCAAGGUCGUCGUGGUUAUCCAUAGUGUUGGCCCUAUCCUAAUGGAAGAAUGGGUCGAGCUUGAUUCCGUCAAGGCAGUUGUACUCGCUCAUCUUCCUGGCCAGGAAGCGGGAUUUUCCUUGACAGACAUCCUCUUCGGCGAUUACAGCCCUAGUGGUCACCUGCCAUACACAAUAGCCCGCAAAGAGUCGGAUUAUGGGUCCAGCGUGGACCUAAUCGACAAACCAUUCGUCCAGAUCCAGGAUAACUUCGAAGAAGGCCUUUACAUCGACUACCGACACUUCCUCAAAGCAAACGUCACCCCACGCUACCCAUUUGGCCACGGCCUAUCCUACACGACCUUCAACAUGACCGCUACAAUCUCCGUAAUCACACCGCUAGAUGACGCAUACCCCUCCCCCCGUCCCAGCAAAGGCGCAACCCCAACCUACUCCAACAAAAUCCCAUCCGCAUCUGAGGCUGCCUGGCCAAAGAACUUCAACCGCAUCUGGCGCUAUCUAUACCCUUAUCUCGACCACCCCGAGAACGCCGCGUCAAACUCAUCUAAGCCCUACCCUUACCCAUCAGGUUACACGACAACCCCCCAGUCCACCCCUCGCGCCGGCGGCGCAGAAGGCGGAAAUCCAGCCCUUUGGGAGAUCGCAUUUUCUGUGCAAUCAAAAAUUACGAACACCGGUUUUCGAAACGGUCGUGCCGUGCCGCAGUUAUACGUUGAAUUACCAUCUAGUCUCGGCCUCGAAACACCACGUUUACAACUACGUCAAUUUGAAAAAACUAAGAAUCUAGGUCCCGGGGAGAGCGAGACUGUUACGCUAGAUGUUACGAGAAAGGAUUUGAGUGUGUGGGAUGUGGUGGUGCAGGAUUGGAAGGCACCGGUGAAUGGGGAGGGGGUUAGGAUUUGGAUUGGGGAGAGUGUUGCUGAUAUGAGGGUGGUUUGUGAGGUUGGUGAGGAUUGUGAGGUGCUUGGUUAG